CCAUGAUAAUUACAUUUCACAAUUAGACUUGAUAGCUUCUUGAACUUAUGUAUCACCGAGGGUGGUUGAACGACUCCGCUUAGAAAAGUUGUACGACUCUUGGAUCGGUUAAAUAAUAGAUACUUGUACUGUGCUUUGCGUUUAUUUAGCUAGUAUAAGGUUAUCUAGUGCAAGUAUUGCAGAUGUUAAUCUAGCAGAAAGUAAUCCAACAGGCUUGGAAGAAUUUCUAAUCAGCACAUGUUCUUGAAGGAAUUUUGUCGGAGCAUUGAACAAAUUACGAUGAAAAUCUGGCAUGCACUUGUUUUUCAGAUCAACAAUUGAUCAAGGGUAUACUACAAAGAAAAUAUAAGUCGAUAUGACUUAUGACAGGCCCUUACAGUUUGCCAGUUAGUUUAAAGGCUGUGCACUCAGAAUGCUUACACAACUAAUCGGCAGAGACCGUACAUGCUCCUAGUAACCUCAAGCAAUGAUAUUCGCUGAAAGAGCGUAAUUUGGACUACUAUACUGCAGACGCCGACGAGUAUCCAUCAUCUCCAGAGUAUAAUCGUCGUCACGAGACUUGAUGAAUCUACGCUUCGGGCAAGAGAAGCUUCAUCUAGUCUACGAGAUCCGCGCACAGGCACGCGUGAAACGCGAUGUGCCACCGAUGCGCCGAAUGUGAUUACAAAGCCGCGUAUCAAAGGAUUCGCGAGACAGUUACGCGAGGCUAGAGUGAGAUUAAUCCCAAGGACGUGCUGCAGCUAUAAGAUCUUUGCUCUCAGGUGCUGCGAGUUUCGCGAGGAGGUAUCAUGGACGACUUAAUUGCCUGGCGUUUGUUGCUUGAAUUCCAUUUUGAAGAUAUUCAAGAGGAGUUUGGAAAUUUUGUGGAAAAAUCCUGAAUGAAGGCCAAUAAACAAGGAGCGCUUGAGCAUAAGCAGCAGAAUCGACAUAGAUUUUCAUUCGGCCGGUACAUCCGAGGAUAUAAAUGUUCGAGAAAGCCCUUCGGUUCAUCGACGAGUACCAGUGCAGUUGCUGCGCUCGAUGUUUAAACGGAAUGGUGUAUUACGUAGUCGCGCUGGGAGGAGCGCCUGCGCGUUUGUUCCCUCUCAAGAGAGCUGACUGCUGGCUAUUUCGCCCAGCUUUUCACGAGGGCUUCUCGAUGCUGAAAUUCGAUCAGAAGCGGAUAUCCAUCGUCGAGCAUCCGGGUAUCGCUAUGUAUAUAUCUCCUGUAGUUUCCCAUAUGGAGGAGCAGCGAUCAACCAUGGAGCACAGGAAAGAGUACAGGAAGAAGUAUUACGCCGAGAGGAGGCAGGAGAUCCACAAUAAUUUGCUGAGAGCGAAAGGAGCCGAGAUCCCUGAUACCGCCUCACAGGAAAAUCGCGAAAUGCGCGUGCUCACGACGCUAUCAAGCACAGGAGCCUCUGUUAAGAGGAGAACGAGAGGAAAAAGACUUUUUGAUUCCGAUGGCUUGGUACUGCUCCACUGCAAAAAUUGCAAUACGAGCAGACCGAAAAUUAACUAUCAGAAGGAGACCAAAUGUAAAUAUUGCGAUGCAGAUCUCAAAUUCCAGUGUAUCAAAUGCGAUCUGGUUUAUAAAUCGCACAUGGCGUGUGUCGCCCAUAUCAAGUUUAAGCACCCCGAUGCUAAAGCCGAGCCUUAAUGUGUUUCAUUGACAUACAAAUUUGUUUAUAUUGUCAUUUAAAUACUAAUCGUUUAUGUAAAUCUAUUUAUUACUGUCGACGCAUAAGUGGCAUUCUAAAUUGUUUCCAAUUACAUUUAAUUGGGUAUUUGUAUAUAUAGUUUAAAAGCUUCAGUUUAUCAUAUGCGUAUUGAUAUUCAAUAAAGUUUUAUUCAUUAAA